AUGAAAAAAUUUUCUCAUUCAAUAUCUCUUAGCAGAAAUAAAUUAUUAUCUUUUAAUUUUAACGCAUAUCAUAAUAAUAGAACGGAGAAAAAAAUCGUAGCUCAACAAUUCAGAAAACGCAGUUUUAUAAUAUUAAAUGGGUUUUCUCAUGAGUGCUUUUCAACCUUAGAAAUAAAUAAUUCUGUUGAAAUUUCAAAAGACAAACUAAAAGAUAAAGGCAAUAAUAAAUAUUUUAAAAAAUAUGAAAAAGAAAAAAAGUCAAACGAAUCUGAUAAAACAGAAAAACAAAAUAAAGACAAAAAAGAAGAAAAAUUAAAUGAUAUUAUAAAAGAGGAGAAGGAAAAACAAAAAGAGAUAGAUUCAACAGAAAAAUUACCAGAAGAAUUUGGAUACAAGUAUGACAAACAUGAACCAACAAUGUUCGGUGACUGGUCUCACAACUGUAGAGUUACUGAUUUUUAA